AUGACUUUUAACGUUGCAAUUAACGGUUUCGGAAGAAUUGGUAGAUUGGUUCUCAGAAUCGCUGUCGCGAGAAAGGACAUCAACAUCGUUGCCGUCAACGAUCCAUUCAUCUCUGCCGAAUAUGCCGCUUACAUGUUCAAAUUUGACUCUACUCACGGUAGAUUCAAGGGUGAAGUUUACGCCAAGGGUGACAAUUUGAUCAUCAAUGGUCACACCAUCAAGACUUUCCAGGAGAGAGACCCAGAGAAUCUUCCAUGGGGAAAGCUCGGUGUUGAGUUCGUUAUCGACUCCACUGGUAUCUUCAAGACCAAUGAAUUGGCCAAGAAGCACAUCAUCGCUGGUGCCAAGAAGGUUCUUAUCACUGCUCCAUCCAAGGACGCUCCUAUGUUCGUCAUGGGUGUGAAUGAAGACAAGUACACUCCAGACAUCAAGAUUUUGUCUAACGCUUCAUGUACCACUAACGGCUUGGCUCCAAUUGCUAAGAUUCUUAACGACAAUUUCGGUAUUGCCGAAGGUUUGAUGACCACUAUCCAUUCCAUCACUGCCACUCAAAAGACUGUCGAUGGUCCAUCUUCCAAGGACUGGAGAGGAGGUAGAACUGCUUCUGGUAACAUCAUCCCAUCUUCCACUGGUGCCGCUAAGGCCGUUGGUAAGGUUUUGCCUGAGUUAUCUGGUAAGUUGACUGGUUUGGCUAUGAGAGUUCCAACAACUGAUGUUUCCGUUGUUGACUUGACUCUUAACUUGAAGAAGCCAACCACUUACGAAGAGAUCUGUGCUGUUAUGAAGAAGGCUUCCGAGGGUGCUUACAAGGGUGUCGUCGGUUACACUGACGAGGCUGUUGUCUCCUCUGACUUUGUCACUGACACUCACUCCACUGUCUUCGAUGCUAAGGCUGGUAUCCAGUUGACCCCAACUUUCGUCAAGGUUAUUUCUUGGUACGAUAACGAGUACGGUUACUCCACCAGAGUUGUCGACUUGUUAGAGCAUGUUGCCAAGGUUUCUGGAUCCGCUUAA